AUAUUCUCAUAAAAUGGGUGGACAUCACAAGAAGAAUAUACGUGCCGAAAAGGCAAAAGUGAAAUUGAAAGGUGCCAAGCUACCCAAGGGUCUUAAUGUGACCAAGACGGACUUUAAAGUGCGCAAAAUUGAAAUACGCGAACAGCUGAGGGAAUCCCACCUGCCAACAAAUAACGGCCAACGCCAAUUGAAUUUGAAAGAGGCUCUAUCCCGACUAAAGCAUCACAACCUCAAGUUUCGCACGGAUGCACUGCGCAACGUACGCGAUGCCGUCAAAGCCGGCCAAGCCAGUCAUCUCAUCGGCCAUCUCAAUGAGCUGCUGCAGGGAAUUGCCGCCGGCGCAUUGGACAUAGAGCGCGAUGUACGAAGCGAAUCGUAUAAAACACUGGACGUGCUACUCGAGGCCUUGCCAGUUGACGCCGUUGCGCCAUUCUUUCACAUCAUUGCCGCCUAUUUGCGCUGUGCGAUGACGCAUGUGCAGCCAGCUAUACAGGAGGACUCGCUGCUCUUGUUGGACGUGCUGCUGCAGCGCGUGCCAUCCCGCCUGCUGGUCGAACGCAGUGCCAGCACCAUUAUCAGCAACUUUAUUGACAUGAUAUCACGGCAGCGCUACGAUACCCAGCACACCAAUCGCCUGCUAACUGUGCGCAUAGGCCAGGGUCAGGGACAGGGACAGCUGACGACGAUCAAGUGGCGGACCAAGGUGCUGCUGCGCCUGCAGCAAAUUCUCAGCACGCUGCUGCAGCAAGGCAAGAGCGACAACAAUGCCAGGCCAGCAGCACGUGUCGUCCACUAUGAUGCCGCGACGCACCAGUAUUACAAUGUCGUGCGUCCACCAUUAACCGACAGGCGGGAUUUGCACACCAUUCUAGGAGAAAAAGCACGCAAAGCCGAGGACGAGCAGCUGAUGAGCUAUGUGGAGCAGCUUAUGCCACUAUUGCACGACAACUGGAUGGAGGUGCGACCACAACAGCAGCAGCAGCAGACUCAGCUGCUCAAUGCUGAUGCCGCAGCCAGUUUGCACGUGCUGCUGAACAUCAUGACACAGCUGUGGCAACUUGUGCGCCAGUACGAGAGCACGCAGCAGGAAAGCACGCACGAGCUGAGCGACUGGAUGCGGCGGACAUAUGCAGGCAACUUUGCGCGCAUAUUCCUCAAGGAAGGCAACUAUCCCUACCAGCAAACGCCGAUGGCUGACAGCCCGAAACAGAAAAAAGGCAAAAAGAUGAAGGCACCAGCUGCUGGCGGGGAACUGUGCAUUGUCCAGAACCUGAGUCUGGUGCAGCUCGUUUGUUACUUCUGGCCGCAUCCUGAUAGCGAACAGGGCGACGACUACGGUUCUCUGCUGCACUAUGUAAGCCGAUGCUUGCGCCAGUUGCACACAUUGACCACAGAUGAGCAGCUGCGUCUGGUGGCCGCAUUGCGCGCCCUCUUGCUAGAUAAUGGUGCGGCACUGCUGCAGCUUCAGGCCCAUCAUAUGGGCACUGUGAUGCAGAACUGCAUUGACGCCUACGUGGGGCAGCAGUAUACGACACGCGAGGGCGUUGCCACAAAGGUGCUCAAUCUGCUGUGCCUGAUUGUGCAGCGCAAUGAACUUUACAGGGGCUACGGCGGCAAGUAUCAGUUUACGAAGUUUCUCGGCUAUCUGCCCCAGCUGCUGCUCAAGCCCAGUGUGGCCGAUGUUACUUUGACGGCAAUGUCAACGCUCUGCCGCCAGCAGAACGUCGUCUUUAUGACGGCGCUCAUGGAUAGUGCGUCCGAGGUGCUAGCGAACAUUGAGCAGCUGCUGGUGACAGGCGACUUCAGCGCGGAGGAGAGCCGUUUCGAGAACCAAAAGCGCAUAUUGAACUUAUUCUACUAUGCCCGCCAUUUUGGCGAUCUUGCCAAAUUGCAGGCAGCUCUCCAGAAAAUGGAAAAGAACGCAUCCGACCGCGUGGCCAACUACCUCAAGUGCAUUCUCAGCUACGAUUGAAGCAUAUCAGAUGCUGCUUAAA